UUCAGGUACUUAGGUGACGCCCGCUCUGGUAGUUAAGGCUUUGAAACUCAUUGGGAGGUUCUGACAAUUUAAUCGCGGAUCCUCUGCUUGCUAACUGUGCCUUACUUGCAUUUUAAACAAUUAUCUUCUCAUCAAGCUCGCCAGCGACCUUCUACUCAGCACUCCGGGGCGCCGCCUAUACGUCACAACCGCAUUAUGUCUCAAUCAUUGCGUCCAUACCUGUUGGCUGUUAGAUCCUCGCUAACGGCAGCACUCGCGAUAUCGAACUUCGCUUCUCAAACCUCCGAAAGACACAAUGUUCCCGAAAUUGAAGCCGCAACUUCUCCCGAAUUACUUCUCAACCCCCUUACAAUCUCCCGGAAUGAGAACGAGAGGGUCCUUAUCGAGCCCAGCGUGAACAGUGUCCGUGUCAGCAUUCGCAUCAAGCAGGCAGAUGAGAUAGAACAUAUCUUAGUCCACAAGUUCACUAGGUUCCUGACGCAGCGCGCGGAAUCCUUCUUCAUUCUACGGAGAAAGCCAGUGAAGGGUUAUGACAUCUCAUUCCUUAUUACGAACUUCCAUACCGAACAGAUGCUGAAACACAAGCUGGUGGACUUUAUCAUUCAAUUGUAUGUUUCAUCUGCUUUGCCCAUAUAUCGUUUGAUAAAUGAGAGGCUAACGACUUCUUCGUCUGAUAGUAUGGAGGAAGUGGACAAGGAAAUCUCGGAAAUGAAGCUUUUCUUGAAUGCCCGUGCCCGUUUCGUUGCCGAGUCGUUCCUGACACCGUUCGAUUAGAUCGCCCCAGCUUCAUGGUUGGCACAUGACCUUGAUCUUCCCUUCCUCUCAGGAACAUAUCGUGUACAGAAGUUUGAUGCAUGUUCCUUUCCGCAGUCGUCCAUAUUAUAUCUCGAAAUCAAAUUUGUAGCGACCAUUUCAUCCAUUAU